AAAAAUAAAAAUAAAUAAAAAAUGAUUCUCUAUUCUGUCUCCAGAUUUUGCUUUUGACGAUCAGGGCGGGGUGGGCCCGUGGGGGAAGAGGUAGAGGACAGGGUGAGGCUUGAAGACGACUGGUAGUGUAUAUAGAAAGUGAGGAGGAGAGGAGACCUGAAGGGUCACAGAACAGUAGCCAGAUGGAAAAUUGAAAGUGUCAACUCAUGCGUGCAAAGAGCCCAGAAACAAAAAAGAAAACCUCACAACUUGCUCGAGUCAAAGAUUUCACUCAUGAAAAUGCUUACCUCAAUCUCUCCGAACAUUCCACGCAUGGAUAGAACUGAUCCAAACCAGUAACGCCCGCACAUCAUUCCCAACUCCACAUCACGCUCUUGACCUCGAAAAUGGUUCCCGAAAACCCUCGCUCACAUCCACGUAACAUCACCUUCCAAAUAAACCCAAGAUAAUCUGUAGAAAUUCAUGAAGGAAACCCAAGUAUACUAAUCGUCUGGAACAAAAAACCUAUACUAAAACUAAAUACAAAAGCAAUCUCCCAUAAUGCCCCUCCAACGCCCCAAUUUAUUGAGACUAUUGAACUGCUUCUCUGCUGCUAGCACUCUGUUAAUCUUACUACCCUUUCUUCUUCCUUGUAUUUUCUUUGGCUUCGUUUUCAUUAUAUUUCUUUUCGUUUUAAUUUUACCAUUCUUGUGUAGCUUUAUAUCCUCUUGCCUCAUCUUUAAGGUUGUAUCUCUAGAAAUGAAGCAUAUCCCAUUUUUUGGGACGAAAUUUGGAACCACUAGGUCCAGGACUGUUGGAGGAGACUCAAAGUAUUACAAGAUUGCUGAUCACGAAAAGGUCGAUGAUCUGGGCCUCAAAGAUAAGGAAGGUAGCUUUAUGGUAGACCCUAGUUUGGAGCUUCCAUCUUUCGAUGAAUCUGAAGAGGAGAAACACAAAAAACGAGAAGAUGAUCCUGAGGUGGAUGGAAGAGAGAACCUGUGCAAGUAUGAGGAGGACUCUUGGCAAAUUCUGGUACCAAAAUCUUGUACCAAAAAGGAAGAACAUAAGACGUUUUUUGAACUCCUGUCCUUUUGGAGAAAGAAAGAGAAGGAGAGAUAUAGAAGAUAUUUGAAUUAAAUUUGGUAAAUCUCAGCUCUCAGGAAUCGACAGCUCCCCCUGUUACUAAUUUGAUGAUGUUGAUGAAUGACAGUGCAAGAUUUCUCAAAAUUGUAGACCUGUUGGUGUCUUUGGACCCCUAACUUGCAGUAACAAGAAAAAGAAAACAGGGGAAUUUUUAAACUGAUACACAAGAUUUGAAUAGCAAAGACUAGUACGAUACCAGGAUUUGAUUUCAAGACAUCAUUUUCUCGGUUGAUAAAGGGCGUAAUGUGAAAUGAUUAUUUCUUCUCUCAAGAAGGCACUGCCUGCCAUGGCAAAGUGUUGGAUCGCAUAGGAUCAAGAGAACUUUGAAGGGUGUCGACAACAUUCUGUGCUCUAGCUAAAGAAAGAUGGAAGAUGUUGGAUGCCUGGCAGACAGCAUAAAAAAGGAGUUAAGCUUUGAGUCUGAACGAGGCCAUUUGUUUUGGUUUCUUUGCAAUCAGGCCCCUUUUCUCAAUAUAUACAAUGUUUUGCUACUCAAGGAUUAAGCUGUCCGACAAAUAACACCUUCCUUAGCUUUAUCCAUGCCUUGGUUGGUAUCGGGGAUUUUGUGCCGUUGAUUAUUUGCUUUAAUUAAACCAAGUCGGUAAAUUUAUCAA